AUGAGCUCAGUAACACUUGCAGGUCGCAUAGGACUAGAUGGAGCCUGCAAGGGAACCACGUAUAGUGAUCAGCUCGGAUCAAGGCAAAAAGUAAUAGUUCAAGCAACAAUCGAAAUCAGUGUCAAGCAAAUGAAAGCUUCCGCUAACACAGAAUACGACCAAAUACAUAUGCCUGGAGGAUUAGUAUGCAAAUGGUCUGCCGAAACAAGCAUUGACUUCGAGGCAAGGGAAGUAUAUUGGAGGAAAGCACCGAUCAAUGGAUGCUCACCCGAGCGUCAUGCUGUAAUUUACGAAGGUCUGGCGGUAAUCCUGAACACAACACAUGAAGAUCCUAUAAAACCACCAAGCAUAACAUACACAGUCGAACAAGACGAUAAAGUGUUCGCCCUACGUCGAACCGCUCCUUAUCAAGGAUGUGCUAUACCAGCAUGGACAACAGAACAACCGAGAUUACCAAGACAACAGGACAAGCCCACCACCAAGAUCGAGGAUUUUUUUUAUCAAAAAUCAAAGGUUUCUCCGCUAAUAUUCGAUUUAAUGUUGUACGUAAACGCAAAAUUCGUAUAUUUAGACCGCAACUGGGCACGAAAUUUCAACGCUCUAAAUAGCAAAAUCGAAUCACAAAUAUGCGAAGUGGAGCGACACAGACGCGAAACAGCAAUCGCGUCACUAAAUCCAGAUGAAUUUGUGUAUUUAUAUAUGGAAGGCCCAGAACACAUUGCCAACGUAAUGGGCGAGGUCAUCUACACAUCCUAG